ACACUCGUAGUGAAAAGGGAGAACAAAAUGGGCCACUAGAAUCAAUCAUGUCUACUGCUUUCAAACCUAUUUAUCCAUCCUGAAGGUUAGGGGGUUUAUGUGCAGUCAGUCAGUGCCAUGGUCUCCUGACUGUGAUUGGCGGGAGUGGGCGAUGGGACAGACAGAGGGGGGGCUUGAAGGCGGGGCGUUACAAUGUGGCGCUCGGUCAGACUGCUGAAGACGGACGCAUGAGACUUGCGGAUCGCCGGAGAAAAUAAAAAUAACGAGUGUCAGUCUACCUCCACACAGAAAACGACCAUGAGAGUCCUCCUACUGCUCUCCAUGCCAGUCCUUCUGCUAGCCCAGCCCCCACUCUACCAAGAACCCUUUCCUUUCCUGGAGGACUAUGACCCUGAUUAUUUUCCUGAGAAUCCUGACACUGAUGUCCAGCAGCAGGUUUUGUUACAUGGUCCUCGACCAUUCCCUGAGCCAGAACGUCCUGGUCCAUCUGAGCCAGAGACGGAGCCUACAGAACCUGGCCCCCUAGAUUGCCGAGAAGAGCAGUACCCCUGCACCAGACUCUACUCUAUUCACAAGCCAUGCAAACAGUGUCUGAAUAGCCUCUGUUUCUACAGCUUGCGAAGGGUGUAUGUGAUCAACAAGGAAGUGUGUGUCAGGACCGUGUGUGCGCAUGAAGAGCUGCUAAGAGCUGACAUGUGCCGUGACCAGUUCUCUCGUUGUGGUGUAGCGGCGGUGAGUGGCCAGUGUGGGUCACUGGGGAGCAGCUGUGGGAAGAGCUGUGGAGGCUGUUGAGAACAUGGACACAUCAGAGAGAACUCCAGCCCAAAUACUGCCACAUCUCUUAGGGUCCACAUCCCACCCCCUACACCCUUCUCUUCCUCUGUCGCAUCUCGUUUCCUGUUUAAUCUUCGACUGUAUUCCACAUAAUCUUUGGUUCCAAAAAAUUCCUAUUUGUUUAUUUUCUCUACUUCUCUAGUGACUUUCCUCGUCAUCCCUUUUUUCAUCUCUUUCAGAAUUAUACAUAAUGCAAGGUGGGAUCAGUAGAAUGUGUGUAUGUCUAAACAUAUUAUUUCAUAUUCAACAGAACAUUGAUGACUGUAUAACAUAACAUAACUGGUGCUAUAAAAUCACUAACAUACUGGUGCUAAGGAAUUGAAAUCAGCACUCAAGAGAUGCACAUGAAACAAUCUUGAUCUUGUUUUUUUUUGCCUUACUGUAUCCUAUAUUCUACAUCAUUGUGUGGUGUUUGUUGUUGUUUACUGUACCUUUGUUGAAAUCAGUCAUAGUAGUGAGGGAACAGCAAGAGUGGCAGCCACUGUGCACUGACCUCAACAACAGAGGCAUUAUCAGCACUCAAUCAUCAUCCCACUGCCUCUGCACUUCCUGGGUGGCGAGCUGCCACAAUCAGACUUGAAGAGACGGAUUCUGACCUGACGCCUGAUCUCUCCUGAAAGUGUUUUUGUGUAACACGGUCGGCCACAUGACUAGAGCUACGGUGGCUGGUGACCUUGCAGUGAGUGCAUAGUUUCACAUAUCAGAGGCAAGAAGUGGCGGCUCAUAAAUUGUUACUGUACUACUGCUUUGUAAAACCCUUUCACUAUAAUGGAGGAGAAAAUAAAUGUUUUUUUUUACUACAA